AAAAAUUGGGGAUUUGGCAAUGCUAGGGUUUUGGCUUUUUCUGCUUUUGUCCAACUCCUAGUGAGAAAAAGUAAAAGGGAAAACAAAACAUCACCCCCAAGAGCAAACAGUAGAACCAAGUGGUGCUUGCUUCUUCUUAUAAGAGCUACCUAAACCAUUCAAAAACCCCCACAUCUCUCCCUCUUUUUCUCUUGAGAAAAAGCUUCAGACUUCAGUUCAUAGGUCUAGUGUAGUGGCUUAGGAUCAUGGACACACAGAGAAGCUCUAUUCUUAGCUGGGCUUACUUCUGCCAAGGAAAGAAUAUGGAAGAGUUGAAGAAUUCCCUUUUGUUUACAACUUUGGAGCUUGAGCAAACAAGGGUAGCAGCUCAAGAAGAGCUGAGAAAGAGAGAUGAUCAGUUGAGUCAUCUUAAAGAUCUGCUUAACAAAAUCACAAGUGAGAGAGAUGAGGCAAGGGAAAGAUGCCAAAGACUUCUCCUUGAGAAGCUCUUGCUUCAACAACAGCAGCAGCAGCAGAAUGCUCCUCUCUCUGGGAUUUCUAGCAUUGAAGAUGAACCCAGAAGAGCAAUUGACUCUAACAAUGGCUUCUCAUCAUCAGAUUGUGAAGAAAGCAUUGUUUCAUCUCCGGUCAUUGACCCAAUUUCACAACCACCUCAACUGCCACCAGUUUUAGCUCCACAGUCUUUACCUCAACCAACAAUUGAGGUUGUGCCUCAAAAGCCUCUGCCUGAAAAGGGCAAGCUUUUACAGGCAGUGAUGAAAGCUGGCCCUCUCUUACAGACACUUCUUCUAGCUGGACCUCUCCCUCAAUGGAGACACCCUCCACCACCACUUGAGUCCUUUGAGAUCCCACCUGUGACAAUCCCCUCACCACCUCUACCACCACAACCACAACCACCACAGCUCCUCCACCAGGACUCCUUGAUCAGCAUUAAUGUUUGCAAUAGGAAGAGGGUACUCUGUGAUGGCUCCGACUCUCCAACAGAGAACAAGCAUCAAAGGAUACUUCUCCACUGACCAGUGACCGCUGCAACUACUGAGUGAAGAAAUUUACAGAGUUCUACAAUUAUAUAUUAAUAUAUAUUCAUAAAUCAUUUGAUUACCACUAAAAAUUAGCAAGGAAGGGAAUUUGCAAUGAUGGGUAUGUGACUGAUCUCUAGCAUUUUGUACAGAAGGUUUGUUUUAGAGAAGCUAUUCCCAGUUGACUGAAGAGGAGAGAAGAGUAGAGGGGCUUGUGCUUGGCUUUUUUAGUUGCCAGUGUCUUGGGUUGGAGAUUUUUGGCUCUUUUUUUUUGGAUUCUCUUCUUCAAAUUUGAGUUUUUGCUCUCCAUGAUGUGAAAGGGAGAUUGGUUUCUCCAAAAUUGCUGUGGCAUGUAAAAUGUAACUUUAGGUGCUAGUUUACUAAUGGGAAGUGUGAGCUUUGAGACAGAGAGAGAGAGAGAGAGAGAAAGAUAUCACAAUCAAGAAAAACUAGAUGAUGUGUGUGAAGUUGUUGGGUAAGGCCAACAACCAUAAGGUCUCAUAGACCUGCUUGUCGGGUUGAGUGGAUCCCACAAAUCAGAAUCAGGAUCUACUACUUGUGUGAUGUGUGAUUAUAUUACUCUGUUUUGGAGAGGAAGUAUAUGAUUAUAUAAUUCCUAAUCAUCUGUUUUUUAGCUAAA